GCCGAGUGUGUUGGAGUGUGUUCAUGUGUUCAUGUGUUCAUGUGUUCAUGUGUUCAUGUGUUCAUGUGUUCAUGUGUUCAUGUGUGUGUCGGAGAGCGAUCUCACACUCCGGAAUGAAGCCGAACUUUUACAGCUGAUGAAGACAUGUCAGGACUCGGACCUGCAGCCUUCCUCCUGCUGAGCUGGACCCUCGUCUUCAUCACCCCCCCCUGCACAGGUGAAGGAAGUGACUGCAGCUGCAACAUCACCAACAGCCGCUGCGACGACUUUGGAGAGUGCAGGUGCGACCCCGGCUGGGCCGGCGACCUCUGCGACCUCUGCGUCCUGAUGCCCGGCUGCGUCCACGGCUCCUGCCUGCAGCCGUGGCAGUGCAGCUGCGACCCGGGCUGGGCGGGCCGGUUCUGCGACAAAGACCUCAGCGCCUGCUCCCGCCAGCCGUGUCUCAACGGCGCCACCUGCCAGCUGGAGGACGGAGACGUCACCUGUCUGUGUCCCGACGGCUUCACCGGACCGAGCUGCCGGCGCCGGACCGGGCCGUGUUCCCGGACCAGGUCUCCCUGCAGGAACGGCGGUCUCUGCGAAGACGCCGACGGCUUCGCGGCCGAGCUAACGUGCCGCUGCCUGGCCGGCUUCACGGGCCGGCGCUGCGAGACCGACGUGGACGACUGCGCGCUGAGCCCGUGUGCUAAUGGCGCCACCUGCCUGGACGGCGCUAACCGCUUCUCCUGCGCCUGCCCGCCCGGCUUCAGCGGCCGCUUCUGCACCGUCAACCUGGACGACUGCGCGCGGCGGCCGUGCCGCCACGGCGGCCGCUGCCUGGACCGGGCCGGCGGGUUCCACUGCGUGUGCCGGCCCGGGUUCACCGGAGCCACCUGCCAGGAGCCGGCGGGCCGCCACCAGGCCGCCCCCCCGGGGCCGGAGGGGGGCGGGAACUCCAGUCUCCAUGGCGACGAGCAGCUGAAGGUCACGGUUAGCGAACGCAGCGCCGCCGGACUCUCCGUCCUGCAGCUGGUUCUGGUUCUGGUGCUGGCCGGCGUCACGGUGGGCGUGGUCGCGCUGACCGCCGCCCUGGUCCUGGGGGACCGCUGCUCAGGCCACGCCCCCUCCUGCACAGGCCACGCCCCCCCGGCCGACGGCCCGGACGCAGCAGAACCACAGAAGAAGAAGCUCAACGUGGAGGUCUGAUGAUUGACAGCUGUGUGAGGGGGGGUGGGGGGCACCAGGACCCAGCAUGCACCUGGACUGUGACAUCAUCACAGACAAUGCACGCUCAGUUAGCCUCUGUUUCCCAGAAUGCUCCUGUGGCGGCGGCUCAGAGAGACGUGGAGGACUCUGUGAUGUCAUCAGCUCCUGGAGGCGCUGACUCCGCCCCUUCUCUCAGCCAAUCACACGGCGGCUACACGGCUAGUACUAGCCAGUGAACUCGUAGCUACGCUAACGACGGUCCCGCCCACCGGGCGUUUGAACAGGACCAGCGGUUCGCUGGAACACUUUACCUCCAUCACUACACGCUAGCGUAGCCCCACCUAGCCCAUGCUAAGCUAUGAUGCUAACCAGCAUUAGCCUAUGUUCAUGACUGAAUCCGUCCAAACAAACGAGCCUGGAACCUCCACACUAGGACGACUGGAGGUCCAGAGUCCGCCCCCUGGGUAGCAGGUUAUCUGUCAGCUAGCUGGUUAGCUGUCAGCUAGCUGGUUAGCUGUCAGCUAGCUGCUGGUUAGCUGCCAGCUAGCUGCACCAUCCAAGCAUUAGUGGUUUUGAUGUGUAUUAUCUGAUGAAAUGACGUAAACGUUUCCUCCCCUGAACCGUCGACACGGACGUGAACUCUGGAGAGUAAUGAACCAGAAUCCCGCUCCGACAUGUUUUCAGGUUUCUAAAAUGAAUUAAAUAAAGAUGAAAAGCAGAAAAAGAAACUGAUAUUAAAAUGUUUUAAGUCUUCAUAAUUCAAUUCAAUUCAAUGUUAUUUAUAAAGCAUCUAUUACAACAGAAGUGUCUCCAGGAUCCUUAAAAAUUCCCCUUUAGGCACUUGUUUACUAACUACAUAUAGAU